AUGUCAUCUUCAUCAUCAUCUACUAUCACUACUCGGGGGGAUGUAUCAUCUGGGGAGGCUGGUACUCAUGAUAGUACUAAGGAUGCAUCUUUAGGAUCCUUAUUAAGGUUGUUUAAAUCAGAGGUAUUUGAUGCCUACUACCAUAUGCAUUAUUUGCAUACUAUGACUUCACAAGGAGUCAAUGAUUAUCUUGUCAAUGAACUUUAUAAAGUUAAUGAUAAGUAUAUCGACUUCUAUUUACCUCAACUAGUGUAUUCAUCAUUAAAGAGGAUUAAUACAUCGUCAUUACACACCUUUCUGCUAGACAAAGCUGCCCAAAGGAUGGGAUUUGCAUUGAAGUUGCAUUGGCUUUAUCAAGCUGUGAUCGAAGAUGGUGGUAAAGUAACUGGUACUGAGAUACAUGAGGCUUCGUUAAGGUUAUGUCAAGAAUGUGAAAUGGCUGUUGUUAAUUCUGGACUAGCUCCUAGUGUUGCUACUGCGAGAAAGAAACAAUCGAAUGCUGCUCUAACUAGAGGUGAUAGUAAACUACAGAAACAUCAAUUGAAACAUAAGUACCAACAACAACAAAAGGGUACCAUAACGACUACUGCACAGGUUAUGGGUAGAGCUGGUGCUAGUGGUGGUGGUAUUGUAUCGAGCCAGGAUAGUAUACAAUCGACACCACCACCACCUUCUCCUUCUUCUUCUUCUAAUGACCUACAUUCCCCUAUUGAUGAAUCAGUAGCUAGUGUAGCACCAGUGAUAGGAAGUAGCAACAACAACAACAACAACAACAGGGUUCAUAGUCAUCAUUAUGAACAUAAUAAUAAUAUUAUAACAGAAGGAGAGGGCAUAGUACGAAGCAGUUCUAAUCCCGAACUUAGUACUGUAACAGUGACACAACAGCAACAACAGCAACAGCAGGAACAGCUGGUGGUGGAAGAGCAGGAUAUCGUUCUAGAGGAGGAGGGAGAGAAGGAUGACGAGGAGGAAGAGGAUAAGAAGAGAUCAUUAUCAUCAUCAUCUGUUGUCUCUGCUACUGUUGCUGAUAGGAAAGAGAGUGGUAGCAUCCAACCUAGAGAGGUUGUAUCUCUUCAAGAGUCAUUGGAAGCUUUAAGAAGAUUAUCAAGAUCAGCUAGAACUGAAGCAUGUCCAUAUCUCAAUCGUAUAAGUACUAUGUCUAUAUAUGCUGAAUUAGGGGAUCCUGAAACUUCAAUUGAUCGCUAUAUUGCAGUAUCUGGUAUAACUACUUUACAUACUACUACUAGUAGUGAUAACAAUAAGGAUUGUAAUAUGGGAAGAGGAGGCAAUGAGAGUGAUGAAGAUAUAAAGCAUUUGGAUGGCGAAAUGGAAAAGUUCUUAUUAAAACAACUUAGAUGUGAUUAUUUUAAUAACCAGAAUACAUUUGUGGCGGCCCUUUGCCGAUUGUCAUGUCUACUAGUGAGGAAGUGUAUAUGGGGUGAACCCUUCCGAGAGAAGAAGGCACGUAUAAGGGCUAAUAGUGUAUAUGGUUGUCUUGAGUCAUGGAAUGCUGUACAGGUGAUGGUUAAAGGUGGUGAUGAUGUUAGACAAGAGGUUUUAGCUGGUCAACUUGUGAGAGUAUUACAGAUGAUAUUCGAGGAAGCUAGAUUACCAUUAUGGUUAAAACCCUAUGAGACUAUCGUAGUGGAUGCUAACUCAGGCCUUAUGGAAAUGUUAACUGAUACAAUAUCGAUCGAUGCUUUAAAGAAGGAGUUCCCGGAUAAAUCAUUGGAUGAUAUAUUUCGUAUGGCCUUUAGUGAUUCUCGUGAUACAUUAGAUAAAGCACGGAAUAACUUUAUCGAGAGUCUUGCAGCAUACUCAUUAUUCUCUUAUUUUCUAGCAGUAAGAGAUAGACAUAAUGGUAAUCUAUUAUUGGAUCGAGAAGGGCAUCUUAUACAUAUUGAUUUUGGAUAUAUGUUAUCGAAUGCCCCUGGUAACUUUGCAUUCGAGACUGCACCAUUUAAGUUAACACAAGAAUAUAUAGAUGUUAUAGGAGGCGAGGAUAGUGAUAAGUUUGAAUAUUUUCGUACUUUGGUUAUUCGAGGAUUUCUAGAAGCUCGUAAACAUCGUGAUAGGCUGAUAUUAUUGGUACGUAUGUUGGCCGAAUCUGGAUGUAAAAUGGAUUGUUUAACUGCUGGAGGAGCUCCACAGAAUACUCUUAAACAUAUGGAUGAUAGAUUCUUUGGUCAUUUAACAGAAGAAGCAUGUAUAGAGAAGAUAGUUGUAUUGAUCGAUAAUAGUGUAAAUAAUUGGAGAACUAUCCAAUAUGAUAACUUUCAGAGGAUAACCAAUGGUAUUCUGUAA